AUGGCACCCCCCAACUUCAUCCUCUCCAACGUCCGCAUCUUCACCGGCACCUCCACCAUCGAAUCCGGCCACAUCACCAUCAAAAACGGCCUCAUCGCCACCGUAUCCGCUGGUGCACCACCAGCCGACACUGAUAUCCCCAUCCUCUCCAAGCCCGGCCACACCGUCGUCCCCGGCUUGAUCGACGCCCACAUGCACGCCGACAAGGGCCAGGCGCUCGCACUGACACAGUCCCUCGCGUUCGGCGUCACCACCGUCAUGGACAUGCACAACGAGACGGUCAACGUGCACAAGCUGAAGAAGCUCGCGUCGGACAAAAAGGACGAGGCUGCCGAUUUCAAGGCUGCCGGCGUGGCGGCGACGAUUGAUGGCGGGUGGCCGAUGCCUGUGGUGAUGGCGCAUGAUAAGAGCGAGGAGACGGCCGCCGAAAUCGCAACUUGGCCUAAACUUGCCUCUGUCGCUGAAGCCGAAGCCUACGUCGCUCGUAACCUGUCGCCCGCCGGUGGCGCGGACUAUAUCAAGCUGAUGCACGAGUCCGGCGCAGCUCUAGGACAGGCUUUCCCCAAGCCGUCCCUCGACAUCCAGAAAGCCGUCAUCGCCGCAACCCACGCAGCCGGUCACGUCGCCGUAGCGCACUGCCUCGCGCGCGCCGACACGCUGGAGGUCCUGUCGCUAGGGGUUAAUGGGUUAGCGCACACCUUCAUCGACGAGCCCGUCAGUCAGGCAAUCGUGGACGCGUACAAGAAUACAGGUGCGUGGUGCAGCCCGACGCUGGCGCUGUUGGGGAGCUUUACGAAGGAGGGUGCGGCGGUGGCGGAGCGAUUUGCGAAUGACGAGCGGGUGAAGGGGAAGCUGACGGAGAAGGGGCAUGCGACUCUGUGCAGAUGCAUGGGGUUUUCGAGGGAGGGGGCCACGGUGGAGAAUGCUUAUGGGACGGUGCGGAGGUUGAAAGCUGAGGGAGUGCCGAUUAUUGUGGGCUCUGACUCGGCUGGACCGGGGCUGGGCACGGCAUGGGGUGCGACGUUCCAUCACGAGCUGUAUCUGCUUGUUAAGGAGUGCGGCUUCUCGCCCGAGGAGGCUCUCCACGCUGGAACAGCAUUGACCGCUAAGCUCUUCGGUUGGAAGGAUCGAGGAGAGAUUGCGGAAGGACUCAAGGCCGAUCUUGUUCUGAUGGAAGGAAAUCCGUUGGACGAUAUCAAUGCUACCCUCAACAUUAGGAGUGUCUGGCGCGACGGCAUUCAGGCCAAAGAGUUUCAUUAGGCAGGUUGGAAAUGAUGUACGUACGUACAGGCAUCUACCGCUGCCGGAAAUGGCUCGGCGAGACUUGUCAAAAUGGUAAUUUCUGAUUGUUGACGAUGAGUCAAAGCGCUUCAGGCGGCGUUAGAUUAGUAUCAGCGAAUUAAUUUGCUACCACUGUAGCACC